GUGAAGAAGCAGAUGCUUCUAUCUGGGUGUCUGUUGGAUGCUACUGUUCUCCCACCUUUCUCUGUUUUAAAUCUGAAGUCAACGGAAAACAUUUUUUCUGUAUGUGCCAAUGCCAAUAUUUCUUUGUGUUCUAUUCAGCCCUUAUUUGCUGAAGAUGCAUGGGAAAAACUUGAGGCCAGAAUAGCAGAAAAGAAGGGCAAAGAUUUAUUUUUUUGCAAUUCGUGCUUCAUUAUGGAUGAUAGCCAGUAUAAAAUGAUAGAGUGUGAGGGUUGCCUCGAAUGGUUUCAUUACCAUUGUCUUGGCUUGAGGACAGCCUCAAAGCCAAAGAAAUGGUAUUGCGAUGCUUGCUGGCAGUGAAUGCCUUCAUUUUAACUCGUAAUACCGGUUGUUUUAAAAAAUGCAGGCCUGCACAAAUUUUUCAGUAAAAAGUCUGUCAUAUUCAGGAGAUACCAGUAUAUUGGCUGUUCUCAAGAUAUCUGCCAAAUGAUCAUCACUCAAACAUGAGUGCCUUAAUGAAAAUGUCUGUUCACAUAUAUAAAUGUUUCAAAAAUGUUUAUAUUAUUUUCUGUGUAUUGCAAUAGUAUAAAUGAAUAUGCAUGGAAG